GCGGGGCCUGUGUGCUGUUUGUAAACACAGGUGUCGCGAGUUGUGAUUGUCUGUGCGUUCUCAUCCCAACCGCCGACUAACGGCCGCGGCGCGAGCCAGAGCGGAUGCCCAGUUCCUUCUGAAGUGGUGGAGGUUGGGCAAGUGGGACGGGAGCCACCGCUUCCAGCGGGAGGAACGAUGCCGUUCUUAGGGCAGGACUGGCGAUCCCCGGGAGGGUAUUGGGUGAAAUCUGACGACGGCUGGAAACGCUUCGAGUUUUACCGACGGGAGGAGGAAGAGGAGAGCAGCAGCAGCAGCCGCCAUCGGCGCCAACCGGAACUCGGACAAUUGCAGGAAGAGAGCCAGGAAAAUAGAAUUAUUGGGGAAGACUGUGAGGUGAUAGUGAAAAAGAGGAAGAAAGAUCACUUCAAUAACAACACAAAGACUCAGUACUUCUGUCAGGAAAAGUGGAUCUAUGUUCAUAAAGGAAGCACCAGAGAAAGACAUGGUUAUUGUACACUGGGAGAAGCAUUUAACCGCUUAGAUUUUUCAAGUGCAAUUCAAGACAUGAGAAGAUUCAACUAUGUUGUUAAACUUUUGCAGCUUAUAGCAAAUUCACAGUUGACCUCUCUAAGUGGAGCUGCACAGAAGAACUACUUCAAUAUUUUGGAAAAGAUCGUUCGGAAAGUGCUUGAGGACCAACAGAAUCCUCGACUAAUCAAAAACCUUCUUCAGGAUUUGGGUUCUGCUCUCUGUAUCCUAGUCCGUGAGGUGGGAAGGUGUGUCCUUGUUGGGAACAUUAACAUCUGGGUUUGCCGUAUGGAAACAAUUCUGAAUUGGCAACACCAGCUAAAUAAUCUGCAAAUUACCAGGCAAAUGAAUACCAGAACAACACUGAGUGACCUUCCACUUCACAUGCAGAACAGCAUCCUAUAUAGGUUUUCUGAUGGUCUGGAUAUUAUCAGUUUAGGUCAAGUGACUUCUACCCUGCACAUGCUCAGUGAAGAUAGACAUCUGUGGAAAAAACUUUGCCAGUAUCAUUUUGCAGAAACACAGUUCUGCAGACACCUGAUGCUGACUGAGAAUGGCUGUGUUGACUGGAAGCUAAUGUAUUUCACACUCCAAAAAUAUUGUCCAAAAAAGGAGCAAUAUGGUGAUGCCCUGCAGUUUUGUCGCCAUUGCAGUAUUUUGUUCUGGAAGGAUACAGGACAUCCAUGCACAGCCAACAAUCCUGAAAGCUGUUCUACACCAGUGUCACCUCAGCACUUCAUAGACCUUUUUAAGUUUUAAACAGAACUAUGUAUGCUUAAAAGAUUUUAUUUUCAAGGGACCCUCUUUUGUAGGCAAGCACUUUGCUGCUUUUCUUAUUCCAGUGCAAUACUCAUUGUUCUUCCUAUAAUUUAAGAAAAGGUUUUUAAAAUAAAAAACUGCAGAUGAAACAAUGCCUACAUUAGUGGAAAAAAAAUCAUGUAGACUUGUUUCCAUAAACAAUAAACACACGGCUCUUAGGUGUUUGCAUGGAGUUAAUUCUUAAUUUGAAAGCUUCAAUAAUGUUACAACUUGAGUUAAAGUGGAUAUUUUUGCACAGUGCUACAUCUAGUCUGAAAUGUGAUUUUAGUUAACAAAAGAAUUGCUUUAGCUUUUGUUUUAGCAGCCCGUGUUUAAGAUCCAUUGAGAUUGAUGCAAUCUAUAAUUUAGUGUACAAUAAUUUUAAAACAUAUAGCACUUUGUUAUGUUUUUAAGCUGUCUUUUGAAGAUAACAUUGGCCCUUACAAAGUAUUAUGUACGAUCAUUAUUCUUUAAGAUUCCAUGUGAAUGGGAUUAAACGAUGUUACUGCUUUGAAUCAUAAUACCUAAGGUAUGAUCAAAGAUGUAUUGCAAAUGUACAGUAAUUUGUAAAAUAAUCAUUCCAGCUGCCUAUAAUGUUACUGGUAUAAAAAGCUUAUUUGAAAGUAAAUAUUAUAUUCUUAUAAGCUUGUGGUGCAGAAUACACCAUUGCUGUUUAAUACUGGAAAAAUU